AUGAGCGAAAGAAAUGCACAUAGCAAAAGCUUACUGGAUUUUGGAAAAGCUAGCAUGUACGUUAUAGCUGAAAAUGGACUACAAAAAGAAACAGCGCAUCAUCAAAUCGAACAGACAGGUGAAAAGAAUUCAUUAUCGGCGAAAAAUAUUAUAUUUUCGCGCACGAAGGCAAUUACCUUCAGCUGGAAAGAGAUUCAUCCCAACGCUUCUGAACGUAACAACAACGUCAGAGUAUUGGAUUUGAACGACUCUCUGCGAGGCGUCAAUGGAAACAAGAAAAGUUACAUCAAUACUCUAAGGACUAAGGGAUUUGCAGGUACAGACUGGCAAAAAUGUCGUUCAACUCAUCCCCACUGCUAUUUAAAGGCGUUAGGAGUUAACGAUUUGAAACAAACUUCUAACGACCACAAACGAAAGCCUUGUUUGCGUCCAGUCGAAUUAGAUGAAGGCAGUAAAAGUGGCAUCUGUGGCUGUAAAGAAGACAGAUGGGCAGAAAAAAAAUUGACGAGAGCCGAAACCGGUGACAAUCAGGAGGAUUGUAUUCUGGAGUGUUUAUACGAAAUGAAACCACUGCCCCGCAGCAGCUCAGAUUCAAUGCCAAGUGAACCAGGUAAUGAGGACUCUGCAAAAGGACCGGUUGUUGAACAGGCUGAUGGGGAAAGCGAGGAGAACAAUCUUCCUAGUGUCCUGACACUCAAUUGCAAAAAAGACGAAAAACCUACCGGAAAACGUUAUUUGAGGAGGAUAUUUUAUGCCAAAGGAAACGAUUUAUGGAAUCCUGGUAACCAAGAACAUCUACCUCAAAUACAGAAGAAAACAAAAAAUCAAACAGGGACGGCUUUGGCGACUAUGGAUAAUUCAUCCGCAGGAAAGAUGGAUCAAAACUCGCCAAACUCGGCAAAUUGCUUACAUAUAAACAAUCAAUUUCUUUUGCCGCUUAAUACCUGUUUUUUGAAAAGCAGAGGAAAACAAAAACAUCAUCUUAACUCGACAGUUAAACUACCCACUGUGGUGGACAAAAACACUGGUCAGAUCCAUUUAGCCCUUGGAGCGAUCGCUUAUGAACCAAGCGACUACAACAAAUGGUCGCGAAAGCAGAAACGCAUACCACCCGGAAGUACAAAAAUUCAGUCAAGUUUUCCAUAUCCUUUUGUAUUAAAAUAA